AUGUUCUCAACAAUAUCCGAUCAAAUAUUAAAUAUAAAUUCGCUACAACAAGCGAUUAAAAAUAAAAAUUGUAAAGAAAUAUUAAAUGAAAUUGAUUCAAUAAUCACAAAUAAAGGUGCUUUAAUUCAAGAUUUAUCUGUUUUUCAUCAGUUACUACAAUCUGAUAAUAUUGAAAUCUUAACCAAUGUAUCAAAGUUAAUCGCCGAGUUAGCAAAAACAUUACCAAAUCGUAAUAAAUUAUCCGAUAAUGCAAUCAUAUUAAAAAUAUUGCAAUUAUUAUCAAUUGAUCAUUUAAAUUUACAAAUACAAUCGUGUCGGGCAUUAGGUAAUUUAUGUUAUGAAAGUGAUAGCGUUCGUAAUGUGUUAUUUGAAAAUGAAGCACUCAAUAAAAUUGUUACACUUUUAAAUAAUAACUUAAAAGUUUAUUACAAUUCAUCAAAUACAAAUGAUGAAAGUUUAAAAGAAAAUUGUGGUAUUUUACGUAAAGUUGCAUGUGGUUUAUUAUUUAAUUUUUUGGUGUCAAAUGAAGAUAUACAAAAGAAAGCGUUAGAAUUAAAUACAAUAAAUACUGUUGAACAAAUAUUACAAAUUGAAGUGAAAGAUAUUGAACAUUCGGAGGAUUGUAUCACACAUUUAUUACUUGUUUUAACAUUGAUUUUGGAUAAUGGUGGUGAAGUAUGGAUUACAGAAAAUAUUUCAUGCAGUUUAAUUGAUAUUUUACAAGUUUCUACUAAUCCUGAUGUUUCUGAGUUAUGCUUGGAAAUUUUAUGUGGUCAAGCUGAAAAUGAUGAAAUAAAAACAUAUUUGGCCAAACAUGGUUUGUGUGAAUUAAUGUACAAUCUACUUGAAAAACAUAAAGAACUUGUAAAUGAUGAAGAUAGUCGCGCUCUUAUGAAAAUGGUUUGUGACCUUAUUAUUUUAGUUUUGACAGGAGAUGAGUCAAUGACCUAUUUAUACGAUAAUGGAAAAGGCAAAGUAUAUUUCAAUAUGAUAUCUUGGUUAAGAUCUGAUGAUGAAGAUUUGAAGACCACUGGAGUAUUAGCUAUUGGAAAUUUUGCACGAAAAGAUGAAAAUUGUAUUCAAAUGGUGCAAGAUGGUGUUGCUAAAAAGCUGUUGGAUAUUUUAUCUCAGCAUAAUACAUCGAAAGGUGAUUUAAAAUUGCAACAUGCUGUAUUAAGUGCUCUUCGUAACUUGGCAAUUCCUAAUCAAAACAAGGAAAUUAUUCUUAAUGAAGGUCUUGUCGAUGUCAUAUAUCCACUGUUAGAAAUUGAUCAAAUGCCAGUUAUUUUCAAACUAUUAGGAACUAUACGUAUGGUUAUCGAUGGCCAAGGUGAGACAGCUGUAAAGUUUACAUCAGAACGACAUUUUAUCGAGCGUAUCAUAUAUUGGUGUUACAAUACGGAUCAUUUAGGUGUGAAAGGUGAAUCAUCACGAUUGUUAGCUUGGCUAAUCAAGAAUUCACAUUCAAAAGAUGCAUACACGAAUGUAUUAAAUGUACCAGAUUCAAUAAAAUGUCUCGUUGAUAUGAUACCGUCACAACAUCCUGUUAUGCAAAAUGAAGCUUUAUUAGCCUUAAAUUUACUUGUAUUGCAUUGUUUACGAACCGAUCAAGAUAGUAUUGCUAAUUUAGAUUCAAAACAACUGUUGGAAAAUGCAUUAAUUGAAGCUAAUUUGGGACCAAAUAUUUCCACAUUGCUAACAAAAUGUUUAAACAAUUCACUUGAAAAAGAAGUUGUAGAA